AUGCCGGCGACACGCAAAUCCACCCGCUCGUCGGGUCCUCCGAAGGGACAGUCGACGCUCAGCUUCAACCAUCGCGUCACCAAGAGCGUACCGAAGUCUGCAAAGGACUCGCUGGUGAAGCCCUCUUCGCUCUCCAAGGAGAUCCUCCCAGAACCUGGAGCGGCGACCCCGCCGCAGACGACCGAUAUCGAGUUCGAGGAGGAAGAGGCGCUUCAGCCGCAGAAACAGGAGACGCCCGAGGAGGCCGCAGAGAAAUCCGACGCAGAGUUCAGGGCGGACAGGAUCAGUGACGCCUCGAUCGAGCGGUACUGGGGAAAGAUCGAGGCGUCGCGGCAGGCCAGGGCGACGCACAGGAAGCACACUGAAGGCUUGACGACGGGCGAGAAGCUGCUGCGGUAUUUCGAUGUCAGCUCACAGUAUGGGCCGUGCAUUGGCAUUGAUCGUGCCAAGAGGUGGCAGCGGGCAGAGAAGCUAGGGCUGAACCCGCCCAUUGAAGUUCUCGCCGUUCUUCGCAAGGACGAAUCAAAGGGAGAUGCCAAAAUUGAGCGAGCCUACAUGGACGAGAUUCUUAACUCUACUGCGAUCGGUAUCUGA